AUGUCUGGCAUCGAGGUAAUCGGUCUCGUCUCCGCGAUUCUCACCAUCCUUGAGACUAUCGGCCAGCUUUCCGAUGCAAUCAAAAACGCCAAAGACCUACCGCCUGCAUUUCGUGAAGUGGCCGACAAGUUGCCCAUUGUUCGCGAAAUCCUUCAGUCUGUCGAAAAGCACCUCAGCACCUCAGCAGAUCAAAGGACAGACGAGGCCAUACAGGCGGUUCUGAAACAUUGCAGAGAAAAGGCUAAGAAGUUGGAGAAACUAUUUAAGGCUGUUGAUCCGUCCGAAGAUACAUCCAGCUUCAGGCGCUAUGCCUUGAUGGUGCGGUCUCUGGGCAAGGGCCACCGUGUAGAGGUCCUGUCCAAAGGGAUGAUGGAGGAUGUGAAACUCUUGGUACAAAACCAUACGGCCCAAGCAGCCACCGAGGAACAGGUUGCGAAGCUUACCGAAGCUAUUGAGGAGAUAUCAAGCAUGGAGCCUUCCUUGGCAGAGGAGGAAGCUGUGAGCCAGACGCAUUAUGGAUCCGGGGACAACGUCGCUGGGAGCAAGAGCCAGUAUGCUGGCAAUCAUAAUGAAUAUCAUGUACUGACUCAUUGCCGCGUAGUCCAUUCCCAACCGCAAAAAGAGCUGAGUCUUUCACAGCUUUUACUAAGGUCGCUUGUCUUUGAGGAAAUGGAUAUUCGGCCGACAGAGAUUGAACCUGAAGCUGCUGGUACAUGCCGUUGGAUAUUCCAACACAAGAUAUACCGGACAUGGGAAUCCCGUGAUCGGUCUCUACUGUGGCUCAAGGGGAAGCCUGGUUCCGGAAAGUCAACAUUGCUACGAUAUAUCCUCGAUAAUAUCGUGACAUCAACGAACAGUAAAGGAAGACCUAUAGUCCUUUCCUUCUUUUUUAGCGGCCGCGGCACCGAACUCCAAAAGACACCAGGUGGCCUGUAUCGCUCGCUUCUCUGCCAGAUGGAAAGCAAGAUACCACAGGCACUAGAGGCCAUGGAAAUGAGAUUCAGGCAAAUUCAUACCCAAUCAGAUACGUACGACGAGAGAUGGAUGUGGAACACCCCCGAGCUUCGAUACUACGCCCGGACUUCACUUCGGAAGGCGUUGGAAACUCACCCGAUCAUAUUACUCGUCGACGCCCUCGACGAAUGCGGCCAAAAGAACGCGGAACAAUUAGCUGAGGAAUUCAAUUCCAUACUCCACUGGCCCUCAUCAAAACAUCUGAAAUACCUUCGCAUCUGCUUCACCUGCCGUCACUAUCCUGUUGUAAACAUUGAAAGUGCUCUUGAGAUAUCUAUCGACAGAGAAAAUGCGAGAGAUAUAUUCCUGUUCGUGGAGUCUAAGCUACGUCUAUUUCAAGAACAGACAGGGUCCAGGAUCUCUGAAUUCAUAUCACAGCAUGCCGAGGGAGUAUUUCUAUGGGCAAGUCUUGUGGUCGGCAAAGUGUUAAGCCUCGAUCGGGAUCGCUUGGGAACAGCCAUGAUCGAAUCUGAAGUCCGUCAAGUUCCUCAAAGCUUGGAGAAAUUUUACAGUGAAAUUAUCGGACAGAUCGACGAGAAGUCCAUUGACCUUAUCGAUUGCAUCUGCUUCGCUGCCCGCCCUUUAACUCUUGUUGAGUUGCAUUGGGCUAUGGCGCUGGCUCAGAACCAAGACUUGCAUUCACUACAAGAGUUUGAAGAACUAGAGUACCUUCGGUUUAACAGCGGCGCUAUGAAAUGGAAUGUUGAGAUGCUUGGGCAUGGUCUUAUCGAAUGUAAGACCAGUGGCGGAGUUGUUCAAUUUAUUCAUCAAUCUGUAAAGGACUUUUUCGUGGAGAAGGUAGUGCCGUCUCUCCGCAAGAGCGCCGAUUUAGAAGGAACACCGCACUACUCAUUGGCUAAGAUCUGCCUGCGCUAUCUGAAGAUGGUAAAGGUUCCCCGGGUAGCUGAUGUUAAGGCGAAAUCCGAAUUUCCGUUUCUUUUCUAUGCGAUGUCUCGGUGGGAGUUCCACAUAACUCAUCUUCCAGAUGAUGUGCAAGAGUUAUUCCCUUGGCCCUGGUAUACGUCCGAUAACCGAGACUAUCCAGAUCAUGAAUUCCUUUUUACGACAGCACCGCUCCAAAUAAUUUCGAAAAAUGGAUGGACUGGAGCUUUGAGAGGCAUCCUAGCGAACAGAAAUGAAACCGGCAUUAAUGUCAACCUGGGAGGCCCUUCCGGUCGCACACCGCUCCAUUUUGCGGCUCAGUAUGGUCACACGGCUGUCAUGGAAUUACUUCUCGCAAGUGGCGCCAGGAUGGAACUAGAAGACUCGCGUGGUCAGACGCCCCUUUCUCGUGCUAUAGAACAUGGCAACAUCGCCGCGAUAGAGUUUCUACUGGAAAGAGGCGCGCGAGUCGAUCAUAACUACAAGGUAGGUAGCAAGCUGCCCUUCAACGAUAACCUUUUCUACAAGGCUUUGAAGGUACUGAUUCUAGGACUCGAUAUUCUUGAUGAAGCAAUGGGAGGAUGGUUUGAGCUGCUUAGAACGUCUCCUGUGGCCAUACUGUCUGGAGACUUUACUAUGCACAGAGGAGCUCCGGAGAAGACCAUACCGAUAUGGAGAACUCCGCUAUCACACGCUGCCGAGUUGGGUGAUGAGAAAGCUGUUCGUCUGCUGCUGAAAUACAACGCUCGGCCAAAAGAUGAGGAUGUAGACGGCGAAACACCUUUAUCUAGAGCUGAGAAGAACGAUAGAAAAGAGGUCAUCCAGAUCCUACGCCAAAGUAUGGGCCAAGGAUAA